AUGGUUAGGGUUCCACCUUUUAAACCCUCCAAAGAAGGUGAUCCAAAGUUGGAAACUUUCAAGGAUAAUCUUGAUUCCAUAGUCAGGUUUGGGAUUGGCGAAGAACUCAGAGUGAGCUCCACACCUCUUGAUGCUAUGGAGCAUCAAUCACCAGCGAAAGAUUUAGAAUCUGCUGUUGCUAAUCAAAGUGAUCUAAAGGGGAAAACUUCUAAGUAUCCUCUUCUUGACCUUUCUUUUAAAGAUUCUGUUGCUGGUUUUGAUUCCCUCGACUUGUUUUGGAGAACUCCGAACUUUGUGGGAUAUAUCGAGGAACCUCUUGAUAUUUAUUUGAGAGAUUCGUUCAAUUACGUCGGCUCUUUCCGUCAUGUUUCUGUGGCUGCUGAACCAUCCGUGAAAGAGUCAGAAUCGGUUGUUUCUGAGCCAUUUGUAUCUGAUUCGUCUAUUUCUUGUCACACGGAGGUGAAUAUGAGAGAUGAUCAUCAAAAACAUAAGGGUGAGAAGGCCAAAAAGAAAACUCUUAAUGAUGAAAUCGUGAGCCUAUCGUCUUGUAGAAGAGCUGAAGAGAAGAAGUGUGAUGAUGAAGAGGACAAAGAGGGCGUUGAUAAGAGUGUAGAUGAUAGUUUGAGUACAGAAGAAGCUACGAUGUCAAAGUUUUGCUUCUUCUGUGUUGAUUUCUUAGCAAAUUUAUCUUCCUUGAAUCAGCAGGUGUUAGACAAAAAACAGCAGAAGAAUAUGGCAACAAAGAGAAGAAGUGACGAGACGAAAACGUGUAGCACAAGUAACAAGAAGAAUAAAAACGUAUUGGUGUCUCCUAGAAGAUUAGAAGCAGAAACAUGGCUGUCUCUUCCAUACCCAUAUCAUCAUUAUCCAAUAAAAUAUCAGAUUAUGCAGAGUUCGAUUCAGAUGCAGCAUUCCGGGAUUGGAACAGAGCCUUUAGUUACAUUUGUAGGUCAAAACCGUUUAAACCAACCCAUUGGAGGUAUUGUUGGUCUUAGUGAGUUUCCCCAAGUUAUUCAGGAGCUUUAUUCUCUUCCUAAUGCACCGCCACUUCCCAACCUCAAUCUCCAAAUACACCCACAGCCUCAUCUCGGUGGUAGAGUUCGAAAGGAGCAGCCUUGA